AUGGGAGUACCCAAUUUCUAUUCUUGGUUAUCUAAACGAUAUCCAAUGUGCAAAUACCCUUUCACCAAACAUCAUGGGCAUUAAAUAGAUUUCCUCUAUCUUGACAUGAAUUAAGUCAUCUAUAAGUGCGCAACCAAUUAAACCAUUUUAAAGGACUAUAUGAUAGAAAAGAGUAUCGAAUCCCUUUGGACAUCCAUCUUAAAUUACAUUGACACCAUAAUUAAUUUAGUGGAUCCACAAUUAGUCAUUUAUUUGACUUUUGAUGGAGUUGCACCAAGAGCAAAGGCUAAUUAAUAAAGAUAGCGCCGAUUCGCAUCUUCAAAAGGGGAUGCCAAAAUCAAAUAAUUGCUCAAGUAGUUGGAUUUGGAGUAAUAAAACCACACCUUUAAAAAUAAUUAGAUAACUGCAGGUACAGAAUUUAUGUAUGAAUUAAAUGAACAAGUCAAAUUUUUUAUCAAUCGUAAAUUCAAAGAAGAUGAAAAAUACGCUAACUUAUAAGUCAUCUUCUCAGGCAGUGAUGUUCCUGGAGAAGGUGAACACAAGAUACUAGAAUUCAUGAGAGGAAUCAAAAACCAAUAAAAUUUCAACCCAGAUUGGACUCAUUGCAUUUAUAGUGCUGAUGCAGAUCUAAUUAUGCUUGGAUUAGGAAUACAUCUCAAAUAUGUGUCUAUCAUAAGAGAACAAAGCAAUAUGGAUUAAAUCAAAACCUAAAUAGCUUGCAAGAGAAGCAUUGAAACUGUUAAAUUUGAGUUGAUUAACCUAUAAAUCGUUAAAGAAUAUUUGGACUUAGAAUACAAGACCAUCCAAAUGAAGAUUCCUUACAACAUAGAUAGGGUAAUAGAUGAUUUUCUUUUACUGUUCUUUUUAAUUGGAAAUGACUUCUUACCACGUGUCUAUUGCUUCGAUAUUAAGUAGGGUACUGUGGAAUUGUUAAUCGAUACCUUUAAAUCAUUCCUAGAACAAUGUGAUGAAUACGUGACUCAAGAUGGAUGGAUAAAUUGGAAAUCAAUGUCAUUAUUAGUUUAAGUGCUGUCUAAAUUUGAAAUCAAGGCCAUUGAAAAAAGAGUCGAAGAAUUGAAAAAAUAAAUCAAGGAUACUGAUAAUCCAGAAUACUAAGAUUAUAAAAUUCAAUGGGAAAGUGAAUUGAAGAUCCUCGAUGCCUUAAACAUCCAAUUUUCUAAUAAUAACUCAGUUGUGGCUAGGAAAUUGUUUUAUGAAAGCAAAUGCUAAAUCGAUAUAGACACUGAAGAAGGUAAGAAAGAAUUAGAUAAGAUAAUUCUAAAAUAUUUGGAAGGAUUUUAAUUUGUUUUGAGUUAUUAUUAUCAUGGAGUGCCUUCUUGGGAAUGGUAUUAUAGCUAUUAUUAUUCACCAAUGUGUUUCGAUUUAUGUGUAUAUUUGAGUAAGAAUUAAAUAGAAAAAAUAUAAUUUGGAUAAAGCAAACCUUAUGAUCCAUUUCAGUAAUUGCUCCUUAUCUUACCUCCUCACAAUGCUAAUUUACUGCCUGCUCCUUUUAGAGGACUUUAUGAUUUGGAAUCCCCAUUAAGGAAACCAUUUGAUUAUUACCCUGAUGAAUACGAGAUAGAUCCAUUUGGAGCAAUAUGGGAACAUCAAUUUAUAUGCAAGGUUCCAUUUAUGAAUUCUGAUUUGUUGAUUUCAGAAUAUAAGAAAAUAGAUCAAAGUCAAUUGAAUGAAUUAGAGAGAGAAAGAAGCAAAUUUGGUCAUGCAUAUCUGUUUGUCCAAACUAAAAUCAAAGGAGAUUCCAUUUAAUCUAAAUUACCAAAAAUAUUUAAGAACAAAAAGUAUAGAACAGAAUAAAUUUAAUUAAAUGGAAAUAUACAUUAGGAUGCUUAAGAAGUCUUAUCAAGAAUUAAAAAUUAAAAGGUUAAACAGAAUGAAUUACCUAUUCUACCUUCUUUACAUGUUCUAAAGAUUAAUAAAACAUGGUUAUAAAAUAAAAAAGAUAAACACAAAAAUCAAAGAGUAUUAAAGGUUGAGUUGGCUUCAAAGAAUUUAGAUUUCUUAGAUAAGAUUGAAAGUGCCAGUGAUCAAACUUAAACAUUCGAUUGUUAUUGCGGAUAUCCAUAAAAUUAUUAUGGAGAAGUGGCUUUGGUAGUUAGUAAGAAAUCAUUUUUGUUCCUUAAAAACUAUUAGCUUAAAAAUAUGCAAAUACUGUCUGAAUUCAGAGAUGACAUUUUAGAUGAAGUCAAAAAUGACAUUUAUGAUCAUUUGAAAUAUACAAUGUAAACUAGAUUAGAGAAUUAGGGGAUAUUUUUAGAGUCAAUUAAUGCCAUUGCAGUUGUUUAUUUUUAUAAGGAGAUCAUAAGAAAUCCAGAUAGAACAUUAGGUUAUAAUAUGUUGAACGUUAGAGAGGAAGUGAUGCCAUUAGAAUGGAUUUCAGAUCAGAAGAUUGUUGAAUUGGUGGAUUACAGAUUAGAGAAUCAAAUUGAUUUAAUAAAUUAAAAAGUCAUUGUAGUUAAUAAUGAUAAGAAUUAAAUCUGUGGGUCGAUUGGCUGUGUUGAAAAGAAGAUUAAUUAAGAUUAGUAUAUCGUCAAGAUUCUUAGAUAACCAAUUUUACAAACAGACAAUAAUAAAAUCAAAGUGUAAAAGUUUUUCGAUAUUGGAUUUGUGUCUGAAAAAUUAAAUAUACCUCCAGAAAUAAUUCAUUAUAUUUUAGGAUGCAUUAAAAUCUUCAUUGGGGAUAAGAAAAAGUAAACUGACAUUAUAGUUUAAUAAAUUGAUAUUGGUUUUAAUGCAGUACACAAAGGUAAAAACUAAUUAGUACCUGAAUUACUGAGAAUAAAUGAAGCUCAAUUUGAUUCAGAAGGAUAUGAAAAAUUCAAACAGUUCGAAAAAGCUUAGCUUUCCGAAACCUUAGUAACAGAUUUGGAAGAGUAUGCUAAAAGGUUGCCAGAAUUGAUUAAGUUUCUAAAAUCUGUUGGUAAAGAGAAGUUAAGGUCUCUACAGUAGAUUAAAAUUACAGACAUUUUCAAAGAUGAUGUUCAAGCCGGUAUUAAUACUAUUUUGAAGCAUUACACUUGGCUUCUUAUGCUCCCAACUUCACAAUAUACUUUAUGUAAUGUUGCGUCAUCAACAUAUUCGAGUCAAACCAUUAAAGCUUUAGAGGAAUCAAAGUAGUCCUAAAAGGUUCAGAGGACUUUGUUUACUCAUAAAUUUUGGUUAUUAAAUCAAGAAAAGUUUUAUGUUCCCCCACUGAUGACUGAACAUCCCAAAAUCCAUAAAUUAGGGGAUAGAGUAGUAGCAUUAAAUAAUAAUUAUACAAAUUUCGGUGCUUAUGGAGUUGUAGUUGGCGUAAUAGAUAAUGGAGAAAUAAUGAUUGAAGUUCUAUGGGAUAAACCUCGUUUUGGAUAAACAGAUUUAGGAGGAAGAUGCUCUCCUUUGAGAGGAUCAUUGGUUCGCUUUUUAGAUAUUUUUAACAUUACACAAUAAUGGCAAGAAUAAUUAAACACAUAUAGUGGAGGUGCCAAAGGUCAUUAAGUUGAGAGUUGGACUUAUAAGUAAAAAGUAUUUGUACCUUCUCAUGAAAAACCUGAUUAUAAAAAAAAGAAAUAACAUCAACCAAAAUAAGGGUAGACCUAAUGA